UUCUCAAUUUUCUAACCGGUUUUUGUAUGAAAUUAACUCAGAAGAUGCCUCCCGUUCCCGGUGACCGAGAAGAAGAAGAAACCGCUUUCCAAAUAAUCAAUCAAGAUAAUUUUCCUAUAGCAGUGGUCGGCCAACCGAUUUUGAAAGCGUUCGAUCAAGACGUUCAAAAAUCCAAACCUAACGUAAUCGUCCAUCCGACUAGAAGAAUAAACAAUAAUAAACUCGAAGAAAACAACGAUGAAAUUAAAAGGAGUAUUACUAAAUCACACGGGAAUUUAUGCCAUAACAACAGCGCCGAUCAAAUUAAUCUAGAAGGUCUUAAAAAUGAGCUAGAUACGGAUGCGUUUACCAAAACGUUAGAUUCGAAAUUGAAGAGGCUGCAAAAAUUUGAGGCGAAACAACAAAAAUUUUCUAAUAAUACCGAUCCACCAACAUCGAAGAAACCCUUUGUGACAACUGUGAAAAAAGGGCAAUUUCUAGAACCGCCGCCUGAGAUAGCAAAUCUUAUCGGUAUGAAAAUCGAUGAAACGAAAAUCGUGAAAAAAAAUCCAAAGGAAAUGAAGAAACUUUACGCUUUUUCCAGUCAACCGAGAAUUUUGAGCAGGACUCCUCCUAGGACUGUCCAUCAAAACAGAUGUGAAGCAGCAGCGUGCGCGGCUGCCAAAUUGGUUGGGACCGUCGUGGGAAUCAAAAAACAAAACGAAAAUUUAAGAGAAACUAUAAAACCUCAUCCGCCAUUAGACAAGAAAAAAUUGAAAGAAAACGACGCUACCAGAACGGAAAAUCAGCCCAAAUGGAAUCCCAAUUUCGCAUUUGCUAAACUUCUAUCAUGCGAUGAGGUUGACCAGCACCGAGUCGAGCAGGCUAAAAGAAGAUAUAUAGCAAGGAAAAAGGCGAUAAAUCAACAUGCAAAACAUCCUAAACAACAAGUACAAGCUCUUUAUGCCGUUCCGGUUCAUUUACAACAGAAAUUAUUAGAACUGAGCGAAUUACAACAAUCGUUAACAAACAAGAGUAUUUCUGACGCUAGUACUCAAACUGACACGCAAGAUUACGCCAUAGAUAAACCAAAAGAUUUGAAAGUGAAUGAUGUUCAGGUUCAAGUACGUCCUACUGAUCUUUUUGAUUUGAGUUCUGAAGUGAAGAGUAUUGUAGAAAUUCUAGUAACGAAAACUAUAGAAGAAGCUUUGAUCGAAGUAUUAGAAGAAGAAGAAAUGAUGACGAUGAAAGAACAACAACGGAGAUUCUUAGAAUAUAUGAUGACGAAAUCCAGCGAGGAUUCACUGGAGAACGAUCACGGCUUUAGUGAUGAAAAAUUUUCGACGAAUAUGUUUUUAAAUAGUUACGUACCUAAUUUGAUAACCUCCGUAUAAAUAUAUAGUAAAAAACAAAUUUAACUCAAUUAAGACAUAAAUAAAAUUUAAUUCAUAAUUAAUUUAUCUUAGUGUAAACACUGGUCAUGUGAUAUAUGGGAAGAAGGAAUUAUCUAUUAUAUAGUUAAAAAAACUACAUUUAAAUUUCAACAAUAUAGAUUGGUGCUAAACCUUUAAGUUGGUUAGUAUACAAUAAAUCACAUUUUCUAAUAUAAUUUUAUAGAAUUU